CGGCAUCUUCGCGGCGACCAAGGACUACCAGGAAGGGGAGCGGCUGGGAUGGCGCGUCCGCGGCCCCGCGAGUACAAAGCGGGCGACCUGGUCUUUGCCAAGAUGAAGGGCUACCCGCACUGGCCGGCCCGGAUUGAUGAACUCCCAGAGGGAGCUGUGAAGCCUCCAGCAAACAAGUAUCCUAUCUUCUUUUUUGGCACCCAUGAAACUGCAUUUCUAGGUCCCAAAGACCUUUUUCCAUAUAAGGAGUACAAAGACAAGUUUGGAAAGUCAAACAAACGGAAAGGAUUUAACGAAGGAUUGUGGGAAAUAGAAAAUAACCCAGGAGUAAAGUUUACUGGAUACCAGGCAAUUCAGCAACAGAGCUCUUCAGAAACUGAGGGAGAAGGUGGAAAUACUGCAGAUGCAAGCAGUGAGGAAGAAGGCGAUAGAGUAGAAGAAGAUGGAAAAGGCAAAAGAAAGAAUGAAAAAGCAGGCUCAAAACGGAAAAAGUCAUAUACUUCAAAGAAAUCCUCUAAACAGUCCCGGAAAUCUCCAGGAGAUGAAGAUGACAAAGACUGCAAAGAAGAGGAAAACAAAAGCAGCUCCGAGGGUGGAGAUGCGGGCAACGACACAAGAAACACAACUUCAGACUUGCAGAAAACCAGUGAAGGGACCUAACUACCAUAAUGAAUGCUGCAUAUUAAGAGAAACCACAAGAAGGUUAUAUGUUUGGUUGUCUAAUAUUCUUGGAUUUGAUAUGAACCAACACAUAGUCCUUGUUGUCAUUGACAGAACCCCAGUUUGUAUGUACAUUAUUCAUAUUCCUCUCUGUUGUGUUUCGGGGGGAAAAGACAUUUUAGCCUUUUUUAAAAGUUACUGAUUUAAUUUCAUGUUAUUUGCUUGCAUGAAGUUGCCCUUAACCACUGAGGAUUAUCAAGAUUUUUGCGCAGACUUAUACAUGUCUAGGAUCCUUUUAUCAAGGCAGUUAUGAUCAUCAUUUUCCUGCCUUGACCCCACCAUCAUCAAACACUCAGUUAAAUAUAAAUUAACAUUUUUUAGAUGACCACUCAACAUAAUGCUUAAGAAUGGAAUUUCCUCUCUGUGACAGAACCCAGGAAUUAAUUCCUAAAUACAUAACGUUGGUAUAUUGAAGACAAAAUUAAAAUUGUCCUUCAGUUUUGAGGCCAUGUGUAAAGUUUAACCAUAUUGUAAAAUAUCUAUUCCGUAUUAGAAAUAGCUAGUUGACAGCUUAUACUUCUCAAAAUUCAUAUUGUUAUGUACACAAACUAAGUUUCUAUAUGUGAAGUUAGUGAGUCUUUUUGUGUUACUCCAAAAUAAAGGCAAUGAUUUAUUUUUUUCCCAGUGCCAAUACAAUUUUGAGCUAAGCACUCAAGGUGGAUACUUUACAUUUUAAAGCUGGAAUCAGCAACAGCCCUAUGGGAAACCAGACAAAGCAUUGACUUUUAAAUGUAGACUUUUAAAAUAAACUGUUUUCUUUUGGAACUACAAUUAGAAUAGUUAAUAUUCAUCCUUAAACCAUUAUUAUGUGUACAUUAUUGUUGCUAUUGUGAUAAUAGAGAAUUUUAUUUAUUUUUAUGCCAGCUUAUAUUGUGAGAACACAUUUAGUCAGUUUGGGUUUUAUCAAUCCUGUUAAUGCUUGUCCUUGGAACAUCUUUCGCGUAUUCAAGGUUUGUAGUUGAAAAGUUUACUGUAAAAAAAUCAAAAACAAAAAAAUGUAUUGUUUUUACAGAAUAAAUUUAUUGGAAUGUG